AUGUCGACGACGCUGUCGGACAAAGUGCUUGGAUGGGCCAGCUUGCAUCCCAUCCUCGCGGCCAUCUUGACGCUUGUCCUGACCGCUUCGCUCUACCUCGCCUGGAAGUCGGCGACCACAAAGCCAUCCGUAUGGGCCAACCUUCCGGGUCCUGAGCGAACCUCCUUCCUCACCGGCUACUCCCGCGAUACCAAGAAGAAGUUCGGCGUCAAGAGCCUCACCGCCUCGGAUCGCACACCCAUCAUCGGCGACGAUGGUGCAGACAUCACCGACACGCCCGGCGUCUCGACCGCGCGACUGUACGACGAAUACGAAUGCGACCACCUCGUCUUCCCUCGACCUCUCGGCGGCGAACUCCUCAUCACGCGAGACGCAGCUACCAUGAACCACAUCCUCAACGACAGCUACAACUACACCCGUUCCACAGCAGGUACCAAGGCCACCAAGAUCAUCAUCGGUAACGGUGUAGUCGCUGUGUUCGGUGACGAACACAAGAAGCAGCGCAAGAUGCUGGCACCGGCGUUCAGCGUCGAUUCCCUCAAGGGUCUUAUGCCGAUCUUUACGCAUGCGACGAAUCAGAUGAUGGAGCGGUUCGGCAAGGAUACCUCGCUCGAGGAGAGGUGGGGUCCCGACGUCAAGGAUUCCGUCAAAUGGUUCGGACGUGUCACGCUCGACAUUAUCGGUCGAGCUGGAUUCGACUACGACUUCGGCGCCGUGGAACAGGGUCCCAACGGUCUAGCUGUUCGAUCCACCUUCCACGACGCAAUGACCUCUACGAUGAACGUGUCGCCCAUCGACGCUGUGGUGGGAGCCUUCAUGUUCUUCGUGGUCCCGUCGUUGCUGUACAUCCUACCGCUGACGGAAAACGUGCGAAAGAUGCGAGAGAUGCGCAACGAACUGAUCAAGUGUUCGCACAAGAUCGUAGCGGCCAAAGCCAAGCAGAUAGGAAAGGAGUUGGAAGCGGGUGUGGAUGCCAAAGAGACAUUCGGGGGUAAGAAGGAUAUCUUGCAUCUGUUGAUGAGGGCGAACAUGUCGCCGGAGAUUCGACCGCAGGAUAGAUUGUCGGACGAAACGUUGGCUGGUCAGAUCGUGACUUUCAUCUUUGCAGGUCACGAGACGAGCGGAAAUACGAUGAGUUGGUGUACGUUUUUCCUCGCCUUGGAUCUAGACUACCAGUCCAAAUUGCGUCAACACAUCCAAAAGGCACUCAAGGAGUUGGGCAAAGACGGUGAUGCCAUCACGGAGCUCACCUGGGCCGACGUCAACAGCGAAGAGAUGCGUCCUCUAGACCACUGCAUCCAGGAAACGCUCCGUCUCCGACCCCCCAUCACCACCACCUUCCGCUACUCGACCAAAGACGACCAGCUCCCCGUCACCACCCCCUUCAAAACCAAGGACGGCAGAACCCUCUCCACGAUCCCCGUCACCGCAGGUCAGGAAAUCGCCAUUUCCGUAACCGGAAACAACAUGGAUUCCAAAUACUUUGGAUCCGAUCCACACCUGUUCAAACCGGAGCGUUGGAACAACCUGCCCGAGCUGCACGCCAGAUCCAAACUCCCCUCGCCGUACGGAUCGUUCGUGUUCAACGGUGGACCCAAGGUGUGCAUCGGCAGCAAAUUUGCCAUGACCGAGAUGAAGGUGAUCCUGGUGAACGUGCUGGCAAAGUACAGGAUCGAACCGGUGGAAGGGCUGAAGUACAAGAGCGUCGAGGCGGUGGUUCAAAGACCGGCCGUGAUCGGGUUCGAGAAGGAAGGCAGUCAGUUGCCGUUGCGUUUCGUCAGUGAUCCGCUUUAG